UGCGAGGCUGCAAGGCGUGCGGCAAACCUGCCAGCUCCCUGCCAUCGCAGGUGAAGCGAAGCGUCAAGUCGUGCGAUGCGUCGCCGACGGAUGGGCAACGUCGCUACUGUUCUGGCCCAGUCUUCGCACCUCUAACCGACGACAGCGCGAGCGACGAGACGCGAUGGCGGCGGACAAGCCAGUAGAAGAGUGGACGGUAGGCGACGUCGGCGGAUGGCUGCACGACGUUGGCUUGGGCAGGUACGAAGCGACUUUCGGCGAGCACCUGAUUGACGGGCGCGCUCUGUUGACUAUCUCGGAGUCAGACCUGCGGAAGCCGCCGCUCGAGAUACGGCUUCUGGGGGACAUCAAGAACCUGAUGAUCUGCAUCCGAGAGCUGCAAUGGCAGAACGUGGCCGCUGUCAGGCAGCUGCUGGGACCCGGCGAGCUGGUGCCCGCGUCGACGGCCGCGCAGACCAUGAGCCGCCGAAAUUCGACGCGCAAGAGGCGCGGUUCCUCGGACGACACAGCGCCGUCGACCGACAUUUCCUUCGAGUACGACGACGAUGAGAACACCGACGACGGCUACUCCGUCGGAACGGCCGCUGCGAACGGGGGCGCCUGCAAGCAGCGCCGUUUCAAACCCGAGAUCUGGAAGACGGUGGUGGGCAUGCUCUACUUCCUCGCCGUCACCUGGAUCACCGCCAUCGUGAUGGUCAUUGUGCACGACCGCGUGCCCGACAUGCAGACCUACCCGCCGCUUCCCGACAUCUUCCUCGACAACGUGCCGCACAUUCCCUGGGCCUUCGCCAUGUGCGAGUUCACGGGCCUCGUCCUCUUCAUCGUGUGGGUGUGCAUCCUCGUCUGCCACCGGCACCGCUUCAUCCUGCUCCGGCGCAUGUUCUCCCUGUUCGGGUCCGUGUUCCUGCUGCGCUGCAUCACAAUGCUCAUCACCUCCCUCUCGGUGCCCGGGAAGCACCUCCAGUGCAAGGCGCGCCACGUCGGCGACUUCUCGGAGAAGAUAAGCCAGGCCUUCGUCAUAUGGCAAGGAGGCGGCAUGCUGAUCCAAGGAGUGCGCACCUGCGGUGACUACAUGUUCAGCGGACACACGACUGUGCUCACGCUUCUCAAUUUCUUCAUCACCGAGUACACGCCGCGCUCCUAUUACUUCCUGCACACGACUUCCUGGGUACUAAAUCUAUUUGGCAUCUUCUUCAUCCUGUCGGCGCAUGAACACUAUUCCAUAGACGUGUUCAUCGCCUUCUACAUUUCCACCAGGCUCUUCCUCUAUUACCACACCCUGGCGAACAAUAGGGCCCUGAUGCAGAUGGACAGCAAGAGGACGCGGAUCUGGUUUCCACUUUUCUACUUUUUUGAGUCCGGCGUGGAUGGCAUUGUUCCCAACGAAUACGACACGCCUUUUAGUUUGCUAAAGUGGUUCAAGCGCAAGGCAGCCAACAUUGCUGUCAAGUUCAAAUUCAUCAAGACCCUUUAGUGCCAUGAAGGUGGCAAGGGAGCACAAAUUGCGCCGAGAUGCAACUGACACCGUCAGCUGUGGUAUAUUUUUUCAAAAUCUGUUGCUACAGGUUUUUGUACACAGAAUUUGUGAAUCUUGUCAUGCAAGGCUGAGGCAGUGAUUCCCAUACAGUUGGAAAUUCGAAGUGCUUAACCAAUCAAGCAUGCCCUGCGUACAAGCCUCUUGCAUGAUACUCAUGCAGCAACGUUCCACUGCCCUUGGCAUCAUCAGUCUGUCAACAUGUUUUUCCUGGAGCUUACUAAGAUUGCAAAUUUCCGCACCAUGAACAGGUCUCAAUCUUCGUCUGCAACAGGCCAUAUGGAACGCUCAUUUUAAUUAUGCUGUUUAUAUUCAUGGGGCACAUUAUCUCCAUAAUGCUACAUAUUGUGCUGUGCUGUUCCACAGUUAAAUUUUUUGUGCACUCGUACAUAUUGUACUAGUGCGUCGAGUGCGAUGAGUUCACGGUGAUGCAUCUGAACGUUCAGCCACGCCACAUUGUUUCCACGUUUUCUCAGCAUUUUGCCAGGUAACCAGUGCUUCAGCUUACUAAGGCCGCAAAUUCCUCUUGCUUUGUUUUGCCUUUGCUCUCAUGUACUUCCCAAGUAGCCUUUCUAAACAUUCAGGAAGUCGUCCAGGAAUCAUUAUUUUUGAAAGUACAUUUAAAUGUCCUCAUCGCUUAGUUAGCUAUAUGGUGUGCACAUUUGGGCACGACAUCUCUGGUGUGUCUUUAUUUUGGUGAAAUUAUUCUUUCAGCCGUGUGCUUAUCAUGAUGGCUGAGCACGCCAUUGUCAUAACGGUUAAAUGAACAAUACUGUGCCAUUAUCUUAAUGGAUAGAUACACCAGACUGUCAGAAAUUGGGCAUCUUUCUUGAAAUGCGUUGCGCAAUGUCUGGCUCUAGUUAGGCAUUUAGUGCACCAUCAUUUCUUAAGUUCUUGCUAAAAGAACAUUGGCAUUGUGUUAAUGCUUGGGAAUUCACUCUGCAUGGCUGUAAUCUUGAAAACCUUUGCAAGACAUGUCAAUUCACAUGCUCAUGGUGUUUGUGUAAAAUCCUGCACCAGAUAGGUCAUGUGCAAUACUGUAUGCCUGUUCUGAAUCACUCGCACGGUGACCCUGCAAGCUUCUGCUCUUGUUUGCGCACUUGCGUGGGUGUCAAGCAAUGCCUGACACAUCGAAGUUCAAAGCAGACUUCACAUGUGUUUGCAGGUGUUUGUUUGUACUACAUCAAUGUGCCUAUGCCUUGAGCAUUGAUAGAACGAUGAUGACACAUACAUUCUCGAUGAGUGUGUGCCAGUUUUAGACUUUGUUGGAAGCAUUAAUGAGAACAUUUGCACAUGCCAAAAACACCGUCACUUGCCCACGUAACUUUUCGUAAUGCCCAGCGCAAAGAAGCUGUGACGCUUGUACUGUUGUUGACGCCGUAGAUGAUCGCUUUGUUGUUGCUCUUGGAGACAUGACUCAUGCCUGUUGUUUAAUGAAAUACGAUUUGUUGCGCUUGAAACAGUGUUAAAGCAGGUGUAGCUUGACUGUGUGCCAUGUUGGCACCUACAUUGAAAUUAUUUUUUUUGAUGACUUGUGCACUCAUAACUCACAAGCACAAUGUGAAAGAGUGCGCAAUUUAGAAUAAUAGUUUCUGAAGCCUGGCUGCAUUCUGUUAUUUUUUAGUAUUAAAGUACAACUUCUUGAGACAACUUUUGUUUAGUAUGCACAAUUCAUUUAUAAAUUUUGAUCAGCCGACGCUAUUACUUUAGUUAACAUUGAUUGACAUUGUAUCUAAUGUAUUAUUGCAACUCUUUGUCUUCCAUAUCUAAUUAAAAAAUGGAUCAGCAUGCUGCUCUGUGCCUUUGCUUGUUCCAGUGCACUUAAUUUUCACUUGGCAUUGUUGCUUGUAACCUGUAUUUUGUAAAAGAAAAAAGGCAUAGCCACUUAAUGACUCCUUAGGCUGUGUCUUCAUUGUUUGUGCAUGAGCAGUCUUAUUUUGUGCAUACUCUUAAAAAGGAAAAGACUUGCUUGGAAGCUGACUUCAGUUCUCCUAUUUAAAUAGAUGUGGAAUGCAGAAAUACUUUCAUUAGAUCAUUGCUAAACUGUUUUGAACAUACUAUUGUAUUCAAAAUAGUAAGUUAGAUUCUUCUGAUAUUAGUAGAUUCUUAAUUCAUGCCCUCAACUUUGUAAAAUCAAUAUUUUCAAUCGUUUAACUUAUAAAAAUAUACAUAAGCGCCCGCUUUACCACUUCAUAACUCUGCACCUGUUAAAAAAUGUAUACGAGGUUGCAGUUUACUUUUAAAGUUAUGUUAGCUUAUAAUGGAAUAAGCUCAAGAGAAUUGUGAUGUGUUUAUUUACGGUGUAUAUGUGGGGUUGCUAAUAACUUUGUGGUUCAACUUAUUGAACUAUUUUCAGAUUUUUGGCUCUUGAAAAAAAAAUUUUUAAGGGCUGAAUCAAGGACUCGUUAUGUGCAGUUACUAAAAUUGAACUUCCCUCUUUUAAAUGCCGCAGGUUAAUUCAGAUUAUCCCAGGUGUGACUGAAUGAGAGUGUUUUUGCAUUUCAUAUGUAUUUUUUUGAGGAGGGCCUGAGAUAAAUGUUUCCUCUUAACAAUCACUACUACCACAUCUGUGUUACCAAGUUAUCAUUCCUUGUCUUUUAAAGUAAAAGUAUUACUGCCCCCAAGCAUAAUUUCCACUCCACAUUGUUAUCACAAUGUAUAAGUGCUGCCGAGUGCAGAUUUUUUUUUUUUUUUUUCCUUUGUAUGCAUGUUAAAUGUAGUUGACACUCUUCGGUGGUAUUUGUGCGAUACACAGCUAGGCGAUUAUGUCGCGGUUCAUAGCAGUCAUUGAAACUAUUUGAGAACCCAUAAGUCACGAAAAGACUUGAAAAAUAAUCCUCAAAUUUUGUUUUCUGCUGAGCCAAGCAGAUUUUUGUGUGGGCAUCUGGCCACAAGGUUGGUUCCAAACGUCAAGCUGCUGCAAUUCUUCUAGUAGCAUCGUGGUGCUUGGCGGUGGUUUACUUGCGGUGGUUUACUUGUUUUUUUUAAAGCUUUUUUCCUUCACAUGCGAUGGAAAAAGAAGUUUUCUCUUUGUUGAAAACAGUAUUUUGUUUUGACACAGCGUUGCUUUGGUACUUCAUUGUGCUUUGUCUGAGACAUAAAAGUGCUGAAAAACUGUUUAAUUUUCUUGCACAGAAAGUGCUACAACCUUUGUACAUGAACUGUUGCAGCCAGGGAGUUAUACACAUUGCAGCAAUCAGUUGUUCGUUGUGCAGACCUUUAGCUUAUCUAUGUCUGCCACAUGGAGUUGCCCACCACGAGUCAAAAACCGAGAACCUUCAAACACUCAGUUGGCUGUGUGUUGCGCCACCACAGCAGCCUACCUCUAGAGACUCAUUAUAUAUAUAUAUAUAUAGUUUAUUUAGUCCCUCAAAGAGUGAUACAUUAUAAUUGUCGCUGUGAUAUAUGUUAAAGGGAUUAAUAUGUUUACAUAUAUUUUGUUCUGUAUUAUGGUUCAUGUCACUCGUGGAUCUAUCUCGGAAGGUGGCGUAUGUGUACUUCGAUGAGGCGCUUGCACAAGAAAGCCCAAAGUUGGAAGUUACCGGCUAUAAAUUCCAAACACCGCAAGUUGUAAAUUUCAAAGCUUGCAUGGCCUAUGCAACAUUUGUCCUUUUGUUAAUUAUGUAACAAGUUGCAAUAACUUAUGUUAAGCUUCUCCUAUUUAUGUAAUAACUGGUGGAUAAGUUAUUCAAUAAACUUAAAUUUACAUGAUAAAA